AUGCCACCUAUUCCUACGAAGAAGACUGAGGUGUUCUCUACCUAUGCUGACAACCAGCCAGGUGUGUUGAUCCAGGUUUACGAAGGUGAAAGAGCAAGAACAAAGGACAACAAUUUGCUUGGUAAGUUUGAAUUGUCUGGCAUUCCACCAGCUCCAAGAGGUGUUCCACAGAUUGAAGUCACAUUUGAUAUGGACGCCAAUGGUAUCUUGAAUGUUUCUGCGCUCGAGAAGGGUACAGGCAAGACACAAAAGAUCACCAUCACCAACGACAAGGGUAGAUUGUCCAAAGAAGAUAUUGAAAGAAUGGUCAAUGAGGCCGAGAAGUACAAGGAAGAAGACGAGAAAGAGGCAGCUAGAAUUCAAGCCAAGAAUACUCUUGAAUCGUACGCUUACUCUUUGAAGAACAGCCUCAAUGACGGUGAGAUGAAGGACAAGAUCAGUGCUGACGACAAGGAGAAAUUGUCAAAGGCAGUGGAGGAAACCAUCUCAUGGUUGGAUGAGUCUCAAGCUGCCUCAACCGAGGAAUACAACGACAGACACAAGGACUUGGAAUCUCUCGCUAAUCCUAUAAUUUCUGGAGCUUAUCUGGCUGGUGGGGCUCCCGGUGGGUUCCCAGGCGGAGCACCAGGAGGAGCACCUGGAGGAUUCCCAGGUGCUGAAGGAAGCUCAAGUUCAGGACCAACCGUCGAAGAAGUUGACUAA